AUGCGCAUCUACAUGUAUUUUCAAAAAAUUAUUGUUAACAUUCAUUGUCAUUAGUUUUCAACCUUAUUUUUCUGUUUUUUCUUUUUAUUUGUUUUAUUCAAGUGAAAUGAAAACAUCACAAUCAAAAAUUGUUAAAUUCAAGCGACCCAAAUUAUAUCGCUUCAAGAAGCCAGUGGCUUACAAAAGAAAGCGAAGUGGCAACUCUAAACGAAAAUCGUAUGGAAAAGCCAACUGCAGUAAAUGUGACUGCUUCACACAUCCUUACCCUGUGACAAUCCGCGAAAUUGAAAUUAUCAAGAAAUGGCUUCCAGAUCCAGAGUUUAUUCAGUGGGCGAGGCCAUUUUUUGCCGAAAUAAUGACCAAAAUUCAAUUUAAAUACGAACUCCCGAAAAAUCCGUGCUUCUAUGACUCAUGGCAUUACCUGGAAGGAGUCUGUGACAUGAAAUCAAAUUGAGCUUCUAAUUCCAAUUCCCAGUUAUUUUAUGUAUAACUAUAAUAUGUUAUAAUAAAACUCUAUUGAUUCAUUAA